AUGAGUGCAUUGGAACUCAAGAAGCGUCCAUGCUCGGUCCACACCGAUGACAAUGUGUCAUCUGCUGAAGGGCAGGUCGGCCAUACGACGACUGCCUAUCAACGGAUGCCUGAAUCACUUCAGAAUCUCAGCGACGAAGAGUUUCAAAGUCUCAACAAGAAGAUUGUACGCAAGAUCGACCUCCUUGUACUACCGACGAUUGGCAUUUUGUACAUCUUGAACUACAUCGACCGACAGAACCUGGCUGCCGCUAAACUCCAAGGAAUUACUCAAGACUUGAACAUGACUACAGAGCAAUUCGCCACCGCGGUUUCCAUCCUAUUCGUUGGAUAUCUGCCCUUCCAGAUACCUAGCAACCUCCUCAUUACCAAGAUCUCACGACCGGGCAUGUACAUCUGUCUAGCAGUGGCGAUUUGGGGUGGUAUUUCAGCUGCAACGGCUGCUGUGAAGACAUAUGGUCAACUGCUUGCGGUUCGUGCUAUCCUGGGAGCAGCCGAAGCUGUAUUCUUCCCAGGUGCAAUCUACUACCUCUCGGCAUGGUAUACAAAGGUGGAACUGGGGAAAAGAAUCGCUGGUCUAUACAUUGCCCAGCAAGUUGGCAAUGCAUUUGGUGGAUUAUUCGCUGCUGCGGUUCUUCAGCUAGAUGGCGUUCACAACAUAUCUGGAUGGCAAUGGCUCUUCAUCAUUGAAGGAAGUGCUACUGUUGGCGUGGGAGUUAUCUGUGCUUGUAUUAUGCCAGAAUUCCCUCACAACAGCCGUAUUCUCUCCCAACUAGAGCGUGAUGUUGCCGUGUGGCGAAUUGAGUCAGAGUCAGGUGCUGCAGAGGGAUCGGAGAAAGAAGGCACUAUGAAGGGCUUUUUCAAGGCUCUUUCCGACUGGAAGCUCAUUCUUCUCAUCCUUUGCAACAUGCUAUCACAGGCACAGGGAUCCAUUGCGAAUUACUUCCCUACGCUUGUUGAUUCUCUCAACUUUUCCAGCACCAUCAGCCUUCUCCUCACCGCGCCUCCCUACAUACUCGCCGGAGCGGUCUAUUAUUGCCUGAUGUUUUACUCGGAUCGCAAGAAUGUUGUAUACCCUCUCAUCAUGGUGUGUAUUUCUAUCUCAAUCGUCAUGUACAUCAUUCCCAUGGUUACUCUAAACGUGGGUGCCCGCUAUUUCGCAAUGAUGAUCCUGCCUUUCGCUUCGGUCGGACCCCAGCUCCUUCUAUACAAGACCCUCAACUUGCAUUUGGCUCGUCCAGUUUCCAAGCGAGCAGCGGCCUCCGCUUUAGUCAAUGCCAUUGGAGGUACAUCAAACAUCUGGGCGUCGUAUCUUUACUACCAGGAGCCUCAUUUCUAUGCUGCCUUUGGAACCCUGAUGGGCGCUGCCUUCUUGUUUGCAAUCACAAUUACUGUCUACCGCUGGUUGGUCUUGCGAGAGAACAGACGCUUGGACUCUGGUGAUCCCGACCAAAUCGCGAAGGUGAUCAAAGGUGGUGUAACAGAGGAGAUGAUACAGCUCAACUGGCGCUACGAAAUGUUUUGA